AUGCCACAACUUGAGGAACGACAGGCAGACGAAGCAAGUAUCGAACGCGAGAGGGCCAGCGGGAACAAAUUCUGGAGCGUCUACGUCUCGGAGGCACAAAGCUAUGAUCGCGGUCUCAUUGAUGGUUGGCGCAGUGAGAUGGAUGGUCUCCUGAUCUUCGUGCAUCCCCGCCGGUCUCUUCUCCGGCGUCGUUGCAACAUUCGUCAUCGAAAGCUACAAGACGCUGAAUCCCGACCCGGGAAUCCAGACCGUCGUGUUGCUCAGCCAGACCGUCGCGCUGCUCAGCCAGAUCCUCACCAGCUCGCGAACCUGAACAACGGCACAGCGGUCGCAGACGCACCCCCCCUCCCCUCUACCUUCGUGCCCCCUCCCUCCUCCCUUGUCUGCAACGCACUUUGGUUCACGAGCCUCGCGCUCAGUUUGUCGUGCGCACUCGUCGCGACACUGGUCAAGCAGUGGGCGCAGGAGUACCAGCACCGCACAUCCAUGUUCUCCUCCCCCUCUGUCCGGUCGCGUGUCUACAUGUAUCUCUACUAUGGUCUGCGACGCUUCAAUAUGCAUACCGUCGUCGGUGCUCCCCCGCUCCUCCUUCAUGCCUUGGCCCUGUUCUUCGCAGGUCUGGCGGCCUUUCUUGUGCUUGUCAACACAUCAUCAUGGGAAUCUCCUCCGCUUUGCUGCUCGUCUUCGUCUCGUCCAUUCCAGACGCCACUGUCGCGAAUCCUAUGGUCGCUAAAUCAAAGCUUGGGACGCGUGCUGAGGGCUUAUGUUCUCAAGGCUUGUGUUCGAAUGAGAGUCGCUGUGACGGACCCCGAGGCCCCUUCCAGACCUCCUGCACCUGCAGACACUCGUCCGCAGUCCCAGAGCAUGGUGGACGCCCUGAAAUCAGCAGCACUGCAUCCCACUGUCGAGACAGAGACCCGAGCUGUUGCUUGGGCUAUCCGCACUCUCUCUGAUAACGACUCGCUUGAUUCACUUGUUGAGGGCCUCCCCCAGACGGUCUGGGAUUUCGACAGAGGCAAGCCUCGCAGCGUGUAUCUGGAACAGUUCAAGAGUUUGUUGCAGGAUCCGCACGUCCAUCUCUGCCAGCGUCUUGCGGAUUUCAUGGCUGGCUCCAACAGCAAUCUGCUCGAGCACUCGGUCCGGGUCCGCCGACAGCUCUCCGUGCUCCGGGCCAUCUGGGCCAUCUGCGCGUUCUCUGUACACACCGAGUCGCCUUUGGAGUACCCGAUUGGAGACACCGAUCCUGACAAAGUGCUGCUCGGCUCGAGAUUCCUUGAUUCUGACGAAGUGCAGAGCAUGGUCCUCGCCGUGUUGGCUCUGGUUCGUCUGAAUAUCAUCGAGUCUGAGAGCCGGCAACGAGCGCCCGAGUACCCUCUCACGCAGACGAGCAACUACGACCGGACCAAAGCAGGGGAGCAACGGCAAGCGGAGAAGAAAUGGACGUAUGUGCAGUAUCUGGUGGCACUUUCCAAAAGCCCUACCAGCUUCGAACGGGAUGUAACCAACUCGCUCUUUCACCGGUCACAAAUCCUCUUCACGGGACCGGACGGCUACAUCGCUCUUCACGCCGCUCUCGAAGAGCUGAUCCAAUCUGGGUCGGAUGAAACAGCGGACAACCUCGUCUUUUCCGCUCGCCAGAUGAUCACCGCAAUUGCUGGGGCAUCGACGGAUCAAGGGGUGGUUUGGAUCUCUGGUCUUGCGCCGUUCCUUGUCCGACAUCCCUCCCUCGCUGCCCCUUCAGACCCGGACGCCAUCUCACAGCCCGGUCCAAAGUAUACUUACACCCGAUUCCUAUGCCACUGCCUAUGCUUCAAUUUUACGCUGCGAUCCCAUCUCGAGGAAUCUUUUGACUUCCUCCAGCUGAUUUACCGUCACUCUCUCGACGUCGCCGAACUCACAAGAUACCCGGGAGACCUCGAUACCCAUCUUUUGGUCCUCCGCACUCUGCACAGUGCUGGCGCUCAAGCAGCAGACAUACACCCGCACCGUUUGGCUGUCAUCGUCCAGGGCGUCGUGCUCAAACGUUUCCGUUUGGAUUGGUCACAAUCGGGGGAUUUGUCGGAGUCGGCGAGAUUGCUCAGUAUCUUCGAGGACGAGGACUGGUUUCGCGCAGUGAUCUGCCUCGACAACGAGACGCGGAUGGAGCGGGUAUCGACUGAGGGAACUCGUGACUCGAUUCUCCACUGUGCGCGUACAGUCGACGGCAUUUAUUCGGUGCUCCCGGCCAAAAUGCAACGUCGAUUUGCGGACGCCGUCUCCGGAUUUCUUCGCAAGUAUCCGAGGGAUACUCUUGCGGAUUGCGCGGUGCUCAAUGGGAUGCUUUCCUGGGCCAUCCAUGAGCACAUCGGGUUCAUCGACGAUCUGGAUGCCUUGCAGGUAUUGGACACGGCGGUGUUUGACGUGCAGACGGACUAUGAGCAAGAAACGCAUCGGAAAAAGGCUGAAUGGAUCCGCGGAAGGAUGCAGAAGCGGCUCCAUCGUCCCGAGCGCAUUUUUGCGGCCUUUGUCUCACUCGUUACUGAGGUGGUAGAUUCGGAUCCAGAAGGCAGUGUGCACAGUGAAUGGUCCGACAUUACCGACGAGGAGUAA